UCAAAUGUCGACUUGACAAUCUUGACAUGUGAGAAUGUUGAGGUUAUUUAUCACUUAGUAUAUUGUUUAUUUUUAAAUAUGACUUUAUUCAAAUUGAAAACUGCUUCUACUUUACUGAUUGAAGAUGACUGCAAUAAAAACAUACUUCCCAUAAUUUCGGAACUGACCGAUAACACAGAUUGCAUUGUUAAAAUAUUUUGUUACGAACAACCAGUACAUAGUUGGCAAAAUGUUUAUAAAGGUAAAUCAGUCCAAUACUUUAAGGGAUUUCCAAAAGAGUAUAACACUCAAAUAUCAGACAAUAGCCAGAAGUUUAUUUGUAUUAUAGAUUCGAUAAAUCAAAUGGCAUUAGAUAUGAGUUGGAAUGAAUGCUUGAGAAACAUAAAGUACCUACAAAACAAUUCUAGUAUAAUAAAAAUUAUAAUCAUAUUACAUACAGAUUGCAUUCCAGUCGCUUCUAAAUUACGUGUUAAUUUAAAUCAUAUAGCAAAUGCUGUUGUAACAUUUGAUAGUGAAAAUUGUUGUAAGUUGUUCAUUCAAAUAAAGAAAAAUGGUAAAGUUUUUAAGAGCGAAGAAGUGAUAUCGUAUGACAGCCAGAUUUCUACAUUAAAACUAACACCUAUUGUGAAAGUUGAUAAGAAAGUCAAAGAGCCAGAAAAAAUAUCUCCGGGUAAUCUCACCACAUUCAAAAUAGAAAUGGAUCAGACACAACAAAUGGAAAAGCAUAAGCUAAAGUUGCCGUAUAUGAAAAAAAUAAAUGAAGGUCAGGGUAAAGUUUAUUAUGAACCAGAUGCAGUUGAUGACUGGGAUGAUGAAGAUCCAGAUGAUGAUCUAGAUAUAUAAAUUAUUUAAAAAUGAUAAUAAAACAUAUUUUGUAUUAAUUAUUUAGAGUUAAAUGCCUACUUACUAUUUAAUUGUUACAUAAUGCAUUGAACAUUACUGAAAUAGAAAUUCUUUGUAACAAGGUUGUUAUUCUAAUUGAUCAAACUGGUUUGUUGAAUAUUUUUUGAGUGAUGUGGCUGGUUAUCUUACAAUACUUUUCUUCUUGAAAGACAGAUGGGAGACAUAAAUAUAAACACUUGAAAAACACAUUAAUCUCUUGGAAAGCAAUUUAAACGAAUCAAAUAAAUGAAUAGAAACUAGAAACCAGUUUAAAAGAUCUAUCAAUACCAAUUCAUUAUUGUUGUUGAGAAAUAGAUAUGUAUAUAUGAAACACUAGUUUUCUGUUUAUUUUUCUAUUCUGUUAAAAUAUUUUUAUAAUAUUUUAAUAAAUUAUUUCAUCAAUUAUGUUAUUCGGAACAUUUUGAUAUAACUGCGUGCCAUUGUCAAGUAAAUGAACUUUUAAAUUAAUUUUUUAGUAUUUCCAAUGUAAACAGAUGGAGGUGACCAGUACAUUUUACUUGGUAUACUAAAGGCAUCUGGAGCAUUGGCUCAAUAAGUUAGCAAAAUUAAAACCACAGAUCUGUUUUCUUUUACUUUUUUAAAUAGAAUUACCUUAAACCUACAACAGCCACUGCAUGAUUUUAGUCCUGACCAUAUUAUCGACUUAUAUAUUCUAUGCAUACAUAAGACAACCAAGGUUUUUCACAAAAAUUGCUUUAUUUAAAACAUUUGUAUAGUAUAAUGUUUUAUUAUUCAAUACUUGUACCUCUACUAACAUGUGAUCUUGAAAUAUUUGCUUUGAUGUCAAUUUAAUCUGUUUAAAUUGUGUUACAUUCAAAUUUUACUUUUUUAACACAACUGAUAUCACUAUAUAAUACAGAAUAUAAAUUAAUUGAUAUUUCUUAUAAAAAUAUAGUAUACCAAAUUAACUCAGUCAUUAUUUUGUAUUUGAAUAAAAUAUGAUUAUAUUUUAUAUAUUUCUUUUUUCAAGUAACAAACAUUCAAUUUUAUUCUUUGAUUGCAGCUAUUUUUUUUAAAUUAAAUAGUUUAAAGUACAAUAAUAACACUUAAUAAAUUAAUGGAUUUAGCAAAGGAUUUCGGAGUUGGAGAGGUUGAUUGGAACUUUAGAUAAAUUCCUGGUUACAAAGAAUUCACUUUUUAUUAAUUUUUCUAUGUUCAGUUACAAUUUUGCGAUUUUUUUUAUCUGCCACGUAAUUUAUGACAUUACACAAUAUCUAAUAAAGUAGAAAUCCAUUAA